AUGAGAUCAAAGGUCAGGAACGAUCCACUUCCUCUGGUCAUCGAGUCCGGGGUCCUUGGAAAAGCCCUUUAUGUUCUGUCAUCCUUGACUUCCUCUGGCGAGUCUUCUUCUUCUUCUGGCACGGCUCAGUUCCUCUUCACGCCCCGUGCCGAUCGCCUCGCCUUCCCUCCGAAAAAGGGGGAUUUUGGACUGGAUUCAGGAUCGGAUGGGGAAGCAAAUGUGGACGUGGGGAAUCUGACGGAGGGAGAACGGAGGGCCAUCUGGCGGGUAUUGCAGAAGGAUGACGCCCUCCAACGCAUGCACCAACUCCGAAUCCGCAAGCUGAAGGCGGAGCUGCAGUGGUUGCGUCGGCGGGGCGCUCUGAGGGUGUCAUCAGGUGAUCAGGAGUCAUCAGGGUCAUCGGGGGGAAGGGGAUGCGCGAGAUGCCGGGCGGAAUUGGGUCUGAUCCUGAAUCGGGGGGCCCCUUGCCCCUCCUGCCGACUCCGCGUCUGCAAAAGUUGCAGACAAUACAACCUCGCUGCCACCAACUGGGUCUGCAUCGUCUGCCACAAACAAAUGGAGAUCCAGUUGGCGACAGGGGAUUGGAUGAGGGAGUUUGUGAGGAGACCGAGUCGAAGGAGAGAGAAAGUCUUCAUCCCUCCCGCCGAACUCGUGAAGAAAUCCCUCCGACGAUCCUGGACUAUCUCCAAUCCGUCAGACUCAUGCCUGAGUCCCGUGGAAUUGGAGAGGUACCGAGGAAGGGGAGGAGAGAAGCCCCAUUACCAUUACCCCAUGACCUCCACCUCCACCCUUCCACGUCCCCAUCCUAACUAUGCCCCACCUCCGCCAAUUCGGCAUCCACAUCCGCCCCCACCACAUAGAUCCUAUUCCGAGACAGCAUUCCGUCCCCCUCCACCCGAGAAACCCCCACGUGCCCACCCCCCUGCACCAGUGCAACGGCGAGCCAGCUUCUCUAGCUUCAAGGGGCCCGCCCCUCAGCCCCCCACCAGUGUCCCUCGAACUGGAUCGAUCGUGCGUGGUCGGUCGUGCAGUGUUGGUGAGAUGAGUGUGAUCAGUGUUGCCAAAUCCGAAUUUCGGGCUGCCAGGAGGACCUCGAAACUCGACGAAGGUAGAGAUAAGUCUCCUGCCUUCAGAAAAGCUCCGUCCACCAAAACCAAGACUUCUUCUGAAUCAACUGGGGGGAUGUAUGGGAGCCUGGAUCGAGUGGUCCUACGACAGGACAAGACCAUCAUCUCCGUGAUGGGGAGCUUGGACCGGCGACAAGAUCGGCGACAGGAACGACCACCAUGGUGGGAAGAAAGGGAAAGACAAGGACACAAGUCCUGGUUGGACGGAGGGGGUGGGUCAUCGACGUCAACAUCCACGUGGGCCGAGGAGCGGAUCUAUCGGUGGCGACUAGACCCGCCCUUGAGGGCCCGGCUGGAGGAGCCGCCCUUGAAAUCUAGUUCACCCAUUCAACCACGUUAUGCCGACUACGAGCGCAGGGACGGAGAAGACGCCUCUGAUGCCUCUUUCGCCUCCUCCACAAAACGCACCAAAAGUGACUCCACAGCCACUCAUAGUGACAUCGUGUUGGACUCGGGGAAGAUCCAGCCCGAAGGGAACGAUUACCGCAUCGUGUUCAUCAGUUCCGAUUCCUCUCGUGACUCAGAUCUGUUGAACUCUUCCAUGGAGGAGACUCGCAAUUCCGACCUCACUGGGUUCAUCGAGGAAUCCGACUGGGACUUCUACGAGACCCGAACUCGGAAUCAUCAGAACAGUGAUGCCGAGAUAAUAGAGGGAGCCCACGGGAACGGGACCAAGAUCAUCAUCCGUCGACCCGAUCAACAGCGACUGAACAAUAAACCCCAACGGAGCAACACCGUCUCCUACGGUUACUACAGUCCGGUUUUACCCAAGAGACGACUGAGUCCUCCUGGCAGUGCUGGGGAAUCCGGUUCUUCCCCACCGGGACGGAAACUGCAUUACAGUCAUAGCAUGUACACGCGGGGCAGCCAAAAGAUCUAUCCUUAUCAGCACUAUCGACGGCGACGCAGUUAUCACACUGACUCAGAGAGCGAAGACGAUGCGUUAGCCCCCUGCUCGGUUCGGAUUCACAUCGGCGAAACGGCGGUCCGCGUCCGACCUGGCGACGUCCGACCCGAACCCACCGGUGCAUCCACCGGAAGCAGCUCCGAAGACCUGGAAGACACGGAAAUGCGGAAAGCCGUGAAGUACGUGGACAGCGAAACUCAGACGGAAAUGGAUGUGGAUCAACCGCCUCCUCCGAAGGAAGAAGAUAUGGAACAGUUACAGUUGCACCUGUUCCUGAAUCUGGACCAGGAGGUGGAAAAGGAUGGAAGCAGCAAUUCGUCGGAAGAGGACUCCAGCGGGCGACGGACGGAAUCUCUAAGACCGAACAUAGACGAGACAUCCAUUCGGAGCGACCCGGCGACAACCCACGAUGAUCUUAGCGACGACGAAGACGACGAUGUUUUCAUCGAGGAGUAUAAGCAUCAGCAGACAUCGGAGACGGAGGGGGACUUCCUGGACAAGGAAGAGGAGGAGGUCAGAGGAGAAAGUAGAUCCGGAGGGGUCUCGCAACGGGAAAGUGGUGCCGCGCAGGACUCGCCUGGGGAAAGUGUGCCCGCGGAGGACCCGCUGGGCCCUGCGGCGAGAGACCCGUCCCCUUCCCCAUCGCCCGUACAUGAAACGAGCAGCAGCAACAGCAGUGCAAGCAGCGGUGCAGGAGGCCUCGAUCUGUGUCUCCAUCUCCUCUUUCCCGAUCUUCCUCAUUCGUUUCAUUCCCCUGAUCCGGAGGAGUGGUGGCCGCGUUUUACAUCCAGGGAAGCGGCCUUGCUUGACAAUGUGAGUGACGUUGUGGCCCACAGUCACGGUGUCGGGCAAUCCGACACGGAUUCCAUGGACACGGUCAUCGAUCGAAGCAAAGGUACGCUAUCCACGGGCUUUCGAUCCGAUCUGAGUUCGGAUUCGGAGACCGAGAUGGUCCCGGAAGAGAAGGGGAAUGGGAUGGAGGUAGGCGUGACGAUCGUGAAUGUGGAGCCGAAGAAGGACGAGGAGGCGGUGACGGUGAUCAAGAUUGAUACCUCCGCGUCCGUCGAUGAGGAUCUGAAAGAGAACUCCGUCACAAUGCUGCGAAUCGGCGGUCCUGCUCGCGACGAAGCCACCGUCAUCAGAGUCCGAGAAAAAGAAUUGUUGCAGGACAUUCCAGACCAGGACGAUGAAGAAGAAGAUGAAGAGGAAGAAGAGGACGAAGAAGGCUCCUUCUUGUCUGAGGAAGACGAGGAAGAAGACUUGCAUUCAGACGAAUACGAAGUGGAGCCUCACACGAGUGAAGGGUCUGGGGAGGAAGAAAACCCGUAUUUCGAACGGGAAGAGGAACUCCGAGGCUAUAACAAUCGGACGAUCGAUUUCACCCUUCACACGAUCCUUGAAGAGAGCUGCGAGGACAGCGACAGCCGCAUGAGUGCCAGCCCCGGCCCUCCCAAUACUUCUCAGUUGGAGAAGUAUUUCUACUUUGAUAUUGGGGACGGGCCGACCACCCCGACCACCACCGAGGGGAAGCGGUUCGCGAACGAGGAGAGCGAGUACAGCGACACUUUCUCGGAGACAUCUAGCUCGGCGUGGAGCGAGAGCUUGGAGUGGGCGGGGGGCAAUUCCAUGGAUGCUCACGUGGACGUGGAUCCCGCAGACCUUGCCUCCUCCCGUCUGGAGAAGUACUUCAUGACCGGCUUCCUCGGUCUGGAUUCCGAGGGAUCCAACAACAGUGUCGGGAGCGAAAGCGAUGGGCAGCCAAGCCCUGAACGAAAGCGGAAGAAGGUGAUGAAGCCGAGGAAUCCCCGACGGGGGAGCGACGCGGAGGAGGGAGGCGAAGAUUCCUCCCGCGGCAAGGAUUCCUCCUCCGAGGAGGAAAUGGCAUUUGAGAAGACGGACGGACAGUUCGAUACGAUCAAGCGGAGAAAGAAGAAGAAGAACGUGUCCGAGAUCUCGUCUGAUGGAGAACGGAAAUCGGAACGGCUUUCUGGAAGCCUGGAAGCUGCAUCCGAGGAGGACAAGGUAGAACUCCUUCCUUGCUUUGCCCGCGAGGAACCGCCCGCCAAAUCCUCAUCGGAAACGAAACCGGAACCAAAAGACGAAGCAGAUUCCUCGGUCGCGAUUCUCCCAUCGGAGAAGAAGAAACACCGGGAUUCCGGAUUCCUAGGCAGUUCGGAAGAACUGCUGAAGGACGACGUGUCGAAAACGGAGACGAAGAAGAAAGCGGAAGAGGGAGGAGAAUUCGAAGAAAAGCCGGAUCCUGAUUCCGGAAAAAGUUCCCCUUCGGAGGAGGGUAAGAAUGGGGCUGAAUCGGAGGACGUGAACAAGACAACGACGUCGUCGCGGAGCAGCUCCAACGCGAGCCUCUUCGCGUCCCCCGCUCUCCGCCACCGGGUCAAGGUCGCCCGCAAGGACUCCUUCAACAACUGGAGCAGCGAUGAGGAAACGAACCUCAUGAUGAACCGGAUGCGAGCCUUCUUUAAGAACAUGGUGGGUUCCUCCUCCUCUUCUUCCUCCUACGGGGACAAGAAGAACCAGAAGAUGAAACCACCACAGCUGCUGGACUUCGAGAACAAGCUGACGAACCUGAUGAAAACGGUGCCGGGGAUCAACGAGGAUCAGGUAAAGGAGAUCGUGGAGUACUUGAGCAGCGAGGAGACGUGGAGCGACAGUUACGACUCGAGCGACUACACCAGCAGUGACCUGGAAGGCACGGCGGGAUGUUUUCCCAACUUCGACGCCGACCCGGACAUUCAGGAACAGAUCUCCGCCUCCUGUCAGGAGAUAAUCGAGAAGUUUGACGUGGCGAUCGGGAACGACGAGGACAACCCCAUCGACGGCGGUUCGUCUCUGGCCCGAGAAACGGCGGCCUUCUACCAGCGCCUAAUGACGCGAAUCGUAGCGGAUCGCCCCCGGGGGGAGAAGAGUGGCAGUCCGGGAGGCAGCCCACCCCUCAUGGCCAAGGUCUUUCAACACAUCGGAGCGAGGCUGGUGGCAUUGAUGCACGAGGUCUCGGGUGGUUCAUCCUCUGGAUCGAGUGGUGCUGGCGAGCCCGAUAUGCAACCCGUUCACGAAGAGCCUGAGGAAUCCGCUACGCCGACUGUCUCUCCCUGUUCCACUUUGAAGACGCCUAUUCAGAGCCCGUAUUCGACGCUGAAGACGUUUUCGUCGUCAGCUGACGAUACCCCGAAAGCCAGUCCAUGUUCCACUUUGACGGGACCUUUAAAUACCCAGAACCCGUUGGGAACGUUGUCGGGACCUGUGAAGACGUUGAGUGAUAGUCCCUCUGCUAGUCCUUCCUCGACGUUGGUGAAACGCAGCACGUCUAGUACUCUUUCGGGUCCAGAAACAGAGACGGAGACGAGCCCGGCGAGUACAUUGAAAACGAGCGGUUAUUCAUCAGAUGAUCUCCUCAAGUCCUCGGGCUCGUUAUCGGCCUACGAACUGGGGCAUCAGGCCCUGUUGGGAAAAGGGAUCGACCUGGACUCGGAAGAGAGAGAAAAGUUCACUAGUUCGUUGGAGAAGAUCUUCUCGGAAGCGGAAGAGGAGAGCGGGGCGGGAACGAGACGACCGCGUUCGGCCAGCUGUGACCGAUUGGACGAACCCGGUUACCAGCCGUCGUGGCUAUCGGAGGAUCCGGGGAAAAAGCCCCGGGAUCGAAUCCCUAAGACACCCCUCAUGUUCCUAGGGGCAAAGGGGAACCGGCGGAAGAGCAAGUCUUCGGAAGAGGUGCUUGGCGUUCCACCCCUGUCACGUGGAACGUUUCCGUCCACCCCGCCUCUUACCACCUCGACGACAUCCGCACCCCCGACCGUGUCCGUCUUUGGGUUCUUCGGAACAUCGAGUAGCGGCAACAGCAGUAACAAUCGGACGUCCCUGGCGCCGGAACUGAAAAGCAGCCGGAGUGAGAGCGGCUUGUCACUGUUCCCGCGGUCCAAAGCCGUCCAUACGCACGGGGCGUCGGUGCAUCACGUGAGUGGUUCUGACGGACCCGCGAAUCCGAGAUCCGCAAGGUUUCGACCCAAUUCCACCCUCCCACAUUCCUCCCACCUCCUCUCGCCCUUUUCUUUCGGUGGGUCUCGAGACUCGACUCCAAACAAGAGUGGGAAUUGGACUCCGGAUGGAGGCAGUGAUGCCGGAUCCGGCACAGAUUCCGAUGACAUCGAUCGAUACCUCUCGCAACCCAUCACGCCCUCCGCGUCCACCACCCGUCUCAAACAUUCCCCAUCGGUGGUGUCAGACGGAAAGACAGAGACGAGUGGAAGUCCUGUGAAAAUCGGCGGGCAGGUGCAAAUCUGUGUGCAAUUCAACGAGUCGUCGUCGUGGCUGGAGGUGCACGUGAAGCGAUGCCGGGAUCUGGCAGCCGUGGAUGCACGCCGCAAUCGUUCCGACCCGUACGUGAAGGUGUACCUACUACCCGACCGGAGCAAGACGGGGAAGAGGAAGACCAAGGUGAAGAAGCACACCCUUAACCCCAUCUUCAACGAAGUCCUCAAGGUUAAAAACUUCCCUUGCUUUCUGCGUCGAAGCAACGAAAUGGAUUCGGAAGGUUUUCCAGUGACAUUGGAGGAUGUGCAGACAAGAACACUGCUGGUCUCGGUGUGGCACUCUGACAUGUUUGGCCGGAACGACUUCCUUGGUGAGGUGUCCUUGGCCUUGAAGGACAUGGACUUGGCCAAUCCCCUACCCCGAUGGUUCUCUCUCCAGGAUCGUACACAGAGCCCGGAAGAGCUGGUGCAUCAGGACACAUCAAGCCGGGGCACACUAAUUGUGGCCCUGAAAUACACAGAACAUGAUGGGUCCAGUCACACACCUUCCAAGAUUAGCCUUGCCUCCCUUUCCUCCCAUUCCCAUUCCCAUUCAACAGGGAAACUCCUUAUCCUGGUAAAGGAGGCCAGGGACCUCAUCCCACUCCGUCCCAAUGGCGCCAUUGAGGCCUUCCUCAAAUGCUGCCUGUUGAAACCGACGACACUCUCGCCAGGAGCAGGGCGGUUCCAUGCGUUGUCGGAGCGGACCUCGAAGCAACGGAGUGCGGCAGUGAAGAAAUCUGUGAACCCGGUGUGGAACCACGAAUUCAGCUUCGAGGAUGUGUCCCUGGCGGACCUCCGACCCCGAAUCCUCGAGCUCACCGUCCACGACCACGACCGACUAGCCAGCCAUACCCUUCUGGGUGGGGUGCGCUGUGGGUUGGUGGACCAGUCGGGAGAAUCGGAGCGAAACUUGUGGCUGGAGAUGCUGGAGCACCCUGGGCUCUGGGUCCAGGCAUGCUUACCUCUCCGAUUCUUCGAAAAAUAAUACGCGAGCGAUCGUGUCCGUCCCCGUGAUUUGUGUCCAACGAGUGAUUGCGAAACGCGUUCCAAACUCAACUGCCACUGUUUCCUCUCGUUUUGUGUCAUGGAUUAAAGAGUUGCCUGGUAUUUUUUAUUCAUUCCAAAA